AUGCCGAUACUCUGCAGCAAGGCCUCGGUCUCCCGGCGCUUGCGGUCCAAGUCCGAGUCCUCUGAGGUCGCCUCCGUCUUCUGUUGGAUCUCUGCCUGCACAGAAGAAUCCCCAAAAUAGAUUCAGACAUGCAGGGGGAAAAAAAGCGGCAAACUGGAGUGUGUUGAAGGGAAGGAGAGUUCAUGACAACUGGGCUCUUUAAAGUGCAAGAACAGCGACAAUGAAGUUGGCUCAGUUUUUGUUGAAAAACAGCUCAGCGGCCGGAAUACCGAAGCAAGUGGAGAGGUUUUCCAAGUUCUCACCGUCGCCUUUGUCAAUGAAGCAAUUCAUUGACUUCGGCUCUGCCGACGCGUGCGAGAAGACCUCCUUUGUAUUUCUGAGGCAGGAGCUCCCUGUUCGACUGGCCAACAUCAUGAAAGAAAUUGAUUUCCUCCCAGACAAGCUCCUCGGCACUCCUUCCCUAAAGCUCCUCACCAGUUGGUAUUCACAGAGUUUGUUGGAGCUCGUCGAGUUUUUAGAGAAAGAUCCAGAUGAUAAGAACAUCCUGACAGACUUCACUCAAAAUCUGAUUAAAAUCCGCAAUCGGCACAACAACGUGGUGCCCACAAUGGCUCAGGGUGUGGUGGAGUUCAAGGAGGCCUUCGGCGUGGACCCCGUAACCAACCAGAACGUGCAGUACUUUCUGGACCGCUUCUACAUGAGCCGCAUCUCCACACGCAUGCUCAUGAACCAGCACACAUUAAUCUUCGACGGCAGCGUGAACCCGGCUCACCCCAAGCAUAUCGGCAGCAUUGAUCCCACCUGUGACGUUGUGGAGGUUGUAAAAGAUGCCUAUGAAACCUCAAAGAUGCUGUGUGAGCAGUAUUACCUGACCUCACCAGAUAUGGAAGUCACCCAAGUGAACUCCAAAAGCCCAGACCAGCCCCUCCACAUUGUUUAUGUGCCAUCGCAUCUUUACCAUAUGCUAUUUGAGCUUUUCAAGAACGCAAUGCGAGCAACAGUCGAAACCCACGAGACGAGCCCGUCGUUACCUGCCAUCAAAGUGCGCGUCUCUCUGGGCACCGAAGACCUGACUAUCAAGAUGUCCGACAGAGGAGGCGGAGUCCCACUGAGGAAGAUCGAGCGACUCUUCAGCUACAUGUACUCCACAGCUCCCAGCCCUGUACAUGUAGACAAUUCUCGUAACGCCCCCCUGGCAGGUUUUGGCUACGGCCUGCCCAUCUCUCGUCUCUAUGCCAAGUAUUUCCAAGGAGACCUGCAGCUCUAUUCUAUGGAGGGCUACGGAACUGCAGCUGUCAUCUACUUAAAGGCCCUGUCCUCAGAGUCGGUGGAGAGGCUCCCCGUGUUCAACAAGUCAGCCCUGCGCCACUACCAGACCAGCACGGAGGCCGACGACUGGUGCAUGCCCAGCAGGGAGCCAAAGAAACUGGGCAGGACCGACAGGACUCAUUCAUGACGGAAACAAGGAGGUAGUGGAGACAAAAAUAGACUCGCAGGAAUGGGAGCGAUAACAAUUUGGCCAGUUCCGAUCAGAUUAUGAAUGAAUUUUAUUAUUUAUCAUGAGACUAUGACGUUGCAAUCUCGUUUUAGUUCCAGCUUACAUUUGCUACUUUUCAUUUUAUUUAGAAAUAACACAAUUAGCCCAUAAAUAUGCUGUGUUAGAUUUUCAAAUUUUAUUUUUUAUUGAAAAAAAACAUUUCCCACCUAAAUCUACAAUAUUUGCGAACUUUGUAUGGUCUUAGGUCUUAAUUAGAAACGUGUUUAAAUUUGAAACUUGCAUCAGGUGACUUUGUCGCAAUUUUGACUCUGUGGAAUUUUUACCAGCAAUACUAAUGUGUCAAAGGGGAUAUUUGUAAAAGCCAGUCACUUUUCUCUACCUUAGUAACUAUUUUAGUUGACCACAUCAUAAUUAUUUACAUGAUAAUGUACACAUGUUUUAUAGUGACAAUAUAUAUAGUGACAGUUUCACCGGCACCAAAACCUGUGCUAAUGCAUACAGGGACCAGCAACCUUGCUUUUUACAUUUAGCAUCUUCAAUAUACAGUAUUGUAUGUAAGCUGAAAUUGUUGGUUUUAUACAAAAGCAAACAUUUUUUAAUUACAAAACAUUUAACACUUUUAAAAAAAAAAAAUACUAUAUCUCAAUAUAGCUUAUACGCUAUGCUUCAUGUCACCUGAUCUUCCAACUGUUCUACAAUGACCUCCUUUUGAAGAGGUCAUCUGAAUGUGAACAGC